AUGCCUCACGGGGAGCCUAUCACGGACGACCGCGUCAUCCAUCACAGCGCAGCAGAUGAAGUCAACAAGGCGGUGGCGAAAAUGCAAUCUGGAGGAGAGAACAAGUAUGCCGUCAUUAUCGACGCCGGAAGCACUGGGAGCCGGAUCCACCUCAAGCCAGGUCUGAGCUCGUUCCGCGAAAACGCCAAAGGAGCGGCGGACUCGCUCCGUCCGCUUAUCGACAAGGCGCUCACCGUCGUCCCUGAGGAAGUCCGCUCCACCACGCCCAUCCGCGUCGGAGCCAGUCUGUCGUUUGUCUUGCUGAGAAUCACUGACAUGCAAGCUGUUUCCCCUGUGCAGGCAACGGCUGGUCUGCGCCUUCUCCCUGGUGACCUCGCUGACAACAUUCUCCAAGCCGUCCGGGAGAUGCUCAAGGAGUACCCCUUCACCUUCGCUGCCGAUUCCGUCAAGAUCCUUGAUGGCGCCGACGAGGGUUCCUUCGCGUGGGUAACUGUGAACUACCUCCUGGGCAAUCUCGGCAAGGACAUCAGCCACACAGUGGGGGUGGUGGAUCUGGGCGGCGGGUCCGUGCAGAUGACGUACGCGGUGCCUGAUGACGUGGCAGCGAAGGCGCCCGAGGGUUACGUUCGGAGGCUGAGCGGAAUGGGCAAGACGUACGGGUUUACGUGCACAGUGUUCGCUCAGGUGCUCAAGGCAGAGAACUUAUGCCCUGUGGGAUCCCCUUGUCUUCAUCCGUGCUACUUCGUUGCAUGUGCUGUGUGGCAUCCCCUACCCUCAUCCCUUGAUGAACCCCCAGCUACCUGGGCUUCGGACUGA